AAUUCUUCUCCCUCAAAAUCUGAUCAUCACAAAUUCUAGAAAUUUCUCAGGAGAGAUAUGCCUGCGUGGUGGGGAAGGAAGUCAACCAAGACCACCAAGACCGACCCGCCGGAGAAGAAGUCACUCAACCCUUACAGCAACCGCAACUCCUACGUCGUCAAGUCGCCGCCGGCCAGGUCCACCAACACCAGCUUCGACGAGCCGUCGCCGAGGGUGGUGAGCAAGGAUUUGGGGACGGCGUCGUCCGGGUUCUCGGGUUUCGAGUCCGACGGCGGCUCUAAAGGACACCCGCUGCCGCGGCCGUCGGUGUCGUCGCCGCACGGAGGAGGACCGGGAAAUGAUCAAGGGGUGGGGUUGGGAUCCGCGUCGGGAUCGGUUUCGAGUGGGACGUCGUCGGUCUCGUCGGACGACCAGCCGGUUCUUGCGGCUUUCAGAGUUAAUGGUGAACCCAAGUUCAGCAUGAUGCCGAGGAGUCCAGGUCCAGGAUCUCGGGGGCCAACUAGCCCAACAUCUCCUCUUCACGCACGUUUGGGAGGCAUGAGUUUGGAGUCUCCCACUGGGAAGCUAGAUGAUGGGAAGAGUGUGUGUCAUCCACUUCCUCUCCCUCCAGGUUCUCCUACUAGCCCUUCUUCCUUGACCAACAAUAGAACUAGUAGUGGAGUCAUUGAAAGCAUAGCUUGUGCCCUGUCAAAGUGGAAGAAGGGAAGGCUUCUGGGAAGGGGAACUUUUGGUCACGUUUAUGUCGGAUUUAACAGUGAAAGCGGGCAAAUGUGUGCAAUUAAAGAAGUCAGGCUUAUCACUGAUGAUCAGUCACUUAAAGAAUGUCUGAAGCAACUGAACCAGGAAAUAAACUUACUAAGUCAGCUCUCCCAUCCAAACAUUGUUCGAUAUCAUGGGAGUGAAUUGGGUGAAGAGGCACUUUCGGUUUAUUUGGAGUAUGUCUCUGGUGGCUCAAUUCAUAAAUUGCUUCAAGAAUAUGGUGCCUUUAAAGAACCUGUCAUUCAAAAUUACACCAGACAGAUAUUAUCUGGUCUUGCCUACUUACAUGGCAGAAAUACGGUUCAUAGGGACAUUAAAGGUGCAAACAUAUUAGUGGACCCUAAUGGUGAAAUCAAGUUGGCAGACUUCGGCAUGGCUAAACAUAUUACAAAUUGUGCUUCGAUGCUGUCAUUCAAAGGAAGUCCUUACUGGAUGGCCCCUGAGGUUGUCAUGAAUACAAAUGGCUAUAGUCUUGCAGUGGAUAUAUGGAGCUUGGGAUGUACUAUUCUUGAAAUGGCAACAUCAAAACCUCCAUGGAGCCAGUAUGAAGGGGUGGCUGCGAUAUUUAAGAUUGGGAACAGCAAAGAUAUGCCAGACAUUCCUGAUUAUCUUUCCCAUGAUGCGAAAAACUUUGUGAGGCUGUGCUUGCAACGGAACCCAUCAGAGCGUCCUACUGCUUCUCAACUGCUAGACCACCCUUUCAUUAGAGAGCAAAUGACAACAAGGAGUUCAAACAUAAAGCUAACCAAGGAUGCCUUCCCAUACGCCUUUGAUGGAAGCAGGACUCCGCCAAUACUAGAGCUGCAUUCAAACAGAACGAGCAUCACCUUGGGUGAUGCAGAUCACAUAAUGAAACCCUCAGUAACAACUUCAAGGGCUAUACGCAGCCCCAGAGACAAUGCGAGGAUGAUUACAUCUUUGCCGGUAUCUCCUUGUUCAAGCCCUUUACGACAAUAUGGACCAGCACACAAGAGCUGUUUUCUUUCUCCUCCUCACCCAACUUAUGCCAUGAUGGGACAGAAUAAUUACAAUUUGAAUGAGUACUCAUCAUAUACAACAAGACCAAACACAUCAUACACUCUCGAACCUUGGCGGGAAUCACCUCUACUUAGACCCCAAACACCAGGUGGAUCACCGAGAACGAGACCCAUUUGAAUGUACAUACCACGAAGACAAAGGUUUUCCAGACUCCCCACAAUGCUAGAUGAACUGGAGUGAUUCUAGUGUUGGAAGGAAAUCUGUUUUAUGCCCCCCCCCCCCCAAUUAGCGAUUUUGGUUGUAUAUGCUACAUUCCCUAGGAGCUACAUGAUUGUUAUAUAAGAGAAGAUGGGAGAGAUGCUGGAGGCAUGGGGAUAUGCUAGAUUUGUUAAUCCAGCAACCAACAUAUAUAUCAUCCUCGCUGUAAAAUGUAAAUGGAAGCUGGUCCAGUUUGUAACAUUUAUGUUAUAUAUGGCAAAAUGUACUGCAUACCAGCGGUUAAUUGUAAGAUGCAAAAAAUCUUGAUGUCCAUCUACAGCAAUACUUGCUUUUCCGAUUUCUUUGAUGCUAACAAGAGCAAUAUGAAUUUGUACAUUGUACUGAUAUGUUUUUGUGAUUGCGAAGUCUGCUCUGUAAAAAAGAAUGUGGAAGAAGUGGGUACAAUAAUACAUUCAGCAAUACCUGCAAUUUCUCGUACUCUUGCUCCUCCAAAGUCCAAACUCAGAAGACCAAGUUCACCAAAAGAACCUAAAACCUGUACUCACAUGACCUUUACAUUUUGGAUGAUGAUGACUCUUCUUGUAGUGACGACUGCAAGAUUGAAUGACAAUUAGUCUUAGAAGAUAAUGGAAAUUAGUUUAUUUCAUAUGGCGGGUACUUGUUAUUGGUUCUAUGCUGCUACUAUUGGUCUCGUUUAUUAACCUAUGAUGCCAUGAUGAGUGACCACUAUAAGGUCGUGACACUUGUCACUAUCUUCUCUCUAGUUGUGAAUUUAUAAAGAUUUCUGGUUAUAAGCCGGUCUAUUUAAUUGAUCUUCUGAU